AUGAUCAGUAGCAACAGCCAGGGUCCUCCCAACUGGCAGGAGUCCCUGGAAGAAUGGAGAAUCAGCAGUGAGAAUACAAGAAGUUCUCAGAGGGUCAGAACAAUUCCUCCACGACCAUCUUCGGGUGAACUGUGGGGCAUCCACUUGAUGCCCCCACGAAUCCUAGUGGAAUGUUUACUCCCAAAUGGAAUGAUAGUGACUUUAGAAUGCCUCCGUGAGGCCACACUAGUCACCAUCAAGCAUGAACUGUUCAAAGAGGCCAGGAAAUACCCUCUCCAUCAGCUUCUGCAAGAUGAAUCAUCUUACAUUUUCGUAAGUGUUACCCAAGAAGCAGAAAGGGAAGAAUUUUUCGAUGAAACAAGACGGCUUUGUGACCUUCGGCUUUUUCAACCCUUUUUAAAAGUAAUUGAGCCAGUAGGCAACCGUGAAGAAAAGAUCCUCAACCGAGAAAUUGGUUUUGUUAUUGGCAUGCCAGUGUGUGAAUUUGAUAUGGUUAAAGAUCUAGAAGUCCAAGACUUCCAGAACAUUCUGAAUGUUUGCAAAGAAGCCGUGGGCCUGCGGGAUCUCAACUCGCCUCAUAGCAGAGCAAUGUAUGUCUACCCUCCAAAUGUCGAGUCUUCCCCAGAACUGCCAAAGCACAUCUACAACAAGUUAGAUAAAGGACAAAUCAUAGUGGUGAUUUGGGUGAUAGUCUCUCCAAACAACGACAAGCAGAAGUACACUCUGAAGAUCAACCAUGACUGCGUGCCAGAGCAAGUCAUUGCUGAGGCCAUCAGGAAGAAGACCCGGAGCAUGUUGCUGUCCUCGGAGCAGCUGAAACUCUGUGUCUUAGAAUACCAGGGCAAGUACAUUCUCAAAGUGUGUGGCUGUGAUGAGUACUUCCUAGAGAAGUACCCUCUGAGUCAGUACAAGGAGAGAAGACCCUUGUGCGAAUACAUAAGAAGCUGUAUAAUGCUGGGGAGGAUGCCCAACUUGAUGCUGAUGGCCAAGGAGAGCCUGCACUCUCAGCUGCCGAUCGAUAGCUUCACAAUGCCAUCCUACUCCAGGCGCAUUUCCACAGCGACACCCUAUAUGAACGGGGAGACUGCUACGAAAUCUCUCUGGGUUAUAAAUAGCGCGCUCAGAAUAAAAAUUCUGUGUGCAACCUAUGUAAAUGUAAAUAUUCGAGACAUUGAUAAGAUCUAUGUUCGAACAGGUAUCUACCAUGGAGGAGAAUCCUUAUGUGACAAUGUGAAUACUCAAAGAGUCCCUUGUUCCAAUCCUAGGUGGAAUGAAUGGCUGAAUUAUGAUAUAUACAUUCCUGAUCUUCCUCGUGCUGCCCGCCUUUGCCUUUCAAUCUGCUCUGUUAAAGGCCGAAAGGGUGCUAAGGAGGAGCACUGUCCGUUGGCCUGGGGAAACAUAAACUUGUUUGAUUAUACAGACACCCUAGUGUCCGGGAAAAUGGCUUUGAAUCUCUGGCCUGUACCACAUGGGUUGGAAGAUCUGCUGAACCCUAUUGGUGUUACUGGGUCAAAUCCAAAUAAAGAAACUCCAUGCUUAGAGUUGGAGUUUGAUUGGUUCAGCAGUGUGGUGAAGUUUCCAGAUAUGUCUGUGAUCGAAGAGCAUGCCAAUUGGUCUGUGUCCCGAGAAGCCGGAUUCAGUUACUCUCAUACAGGACUGAGUAACAGACUAGCCAGAGACAAUGAGUUAAGAGAAAAUGACAAGGAACAGCUCUGAGCACUUUGUACCCGGGACCCACUGUCUGAAAUCACUGAACAAGAGAAAGACUUCCUAUGGAGCCACAGACACUACUGUGUAACUAUUCCUGAAAUCCUACCCAAAUUGCUUCUGUCUGUCAAGUGGAAUUCCAGAGAUGAAGUGGCCCAGAUGUACUGCUUAGUAAAAGAUUGGCCUCCAAUCAAACCAGAGCAAGCCAUGGAGCUCCUGGACUGUAACUACCCAGACCCCAUGGUUCGGAGCUUUGCUGUCCGGUGCUUGGAAAAAUACUUAACAGAUGACAAACUUUCUCAGUACCUCAUCCAGCUUGUACAGGUCUUAAAAUAUGAACAGUAUUUGGAUAACCUGCUUGUGAGAUUUUUACUCAAGAAAGCACUGACAAAUCAAAGGAUUGGCCAUUUUUUCUUUUGGCAUUUAAAAUCUGAGAUGCACAAUAAGACUGUCAGUCAGAGGUUCAGCCUGCUGUUGGAGUCCUACUGCCGUGCCUGUGGGAUGUAUCUGAAGCACCUGAACAGACAGGUAGAGGCCAUGGAGAAGCUCAUCAAUCUAACUGACAUCCUCAAGCAAGAGAAGAAGGAUGAGACACAGAAGGUACAGAUGAAGUUCUUGGUUGAACAGAUGAGACAGCCAGAUUUCAUGGAUGCUUUGCAGGGUUUUCUGUCCCCUCUAAAUCCUGCUCAUCAACUAGGAAACCUCAGGCUUGAAGAGUGUCGAAUUAUGUCCUCUGCAAAAAGGCCACUGUGGUUGAAUUGGGAGAACCCAGACAUCAUGUCAGAGCUACUGUUUCAGAACAAUGAGAUCAUCUUUAAAAAUGGCGAUGACUUACGGCAAGACAUGUUAACCCUCAGAAUCAUGGAGAACAUCUGGCAAAACCAAGGCCUUGACCUUCGCAUGCUACCUUAUGCCUGUCUAUCCAUUGGGGACUGUGUGGGUCUCAUCGAGGUGGUGAGAAACUCUCACACCAUCAUGCAGAUUCAGUGCAAAGGAGGCCUGAAGGGGGCACUGCAGUUCAACAGGCACACGCUGCAUCAGUGGCUCAAGGACAAGAACAAGGGCAAGAUAUAUGACGCAGCCAUUGACCUGUUCACUUGGUCCUGCGCUGGGUACUGCGUGGCAACCUUUAUCUUGGGAAUUGGAGACCGGCACAACAGCAACAUCAUGGUGAAAGAUGACGGACAGCUGUUUCAUAUAGAUUUUGGGCACUUUUUGGAUCACAAGAAGAAAAAAUUUGGCUAUAAACGGGAACGCGUGCCGUUUGUUUUGACGCAGGAUUUCUUAAUAGUGAUUAGUAAAGGAGCACAAGAGUACACAAAGACCAGAGAGUUUGAGAGGUUUCAGGAGAUGUGUUACAAGGCGUACCUAGCAAUUCGGCAGCAUGCCAAUCUCUUCAUCAACCUUUUCUCCAUGAUGCUUGGCUCCGGAAUGCCAGAACUGCAGUCUUUUGAUGAUAUUGCAUAUAUUCGAAAGACUCUAGCCUUAGACAAAACUGAGCAAGAGGCUCUGGAGUAUUUCACAAAGCAAAUGAAUGACGCACAUCAUGGUGGCUGGACAACAAAAAUGGACUGGAUCUUCCACACCAUCAAGCAGCAUGCAUUGAACUGAGAUGGCAGCUGGGGACUGCGAGCUGGUGCCUGGCUUCUCCACUGCAUGGCAGUGAGUGGCAGCAGGCACACGGUGGCAUGGGAUGGCACAGUCAGGAACAACAUCAGGACUCGAGCAAGAACAUAAACAACGUGCUCUAUAAUUGAAACACUGUACACGCAAACAGGGUUUGAUAGCACUAAACUAGUUCAUUUCAAAAUUCAGCUUUAGAAUAAUGAGCAAUUUCAUGUUAUGCCUUAAGUCCAAAAAAAGGUAAACUUUGAAGAUUGUUUGUAUCUUUUUUUAAAAAAACAAAACAAAACAAAAAUCCCCAAAAUACAUACAAAUGAUGGAGACGAAAA